CGGCACCUCUACAACAUCCUCAACCAGCAGCGGCGGUGUCCCCGCCUGGCGGAGCCCCACUACCUCUGCCUGCUGGAUGCCCGUACUCAGCGUGAAUAUGAUGAGAGCCAUAUUAUUACAGCACGCAGGAUUGAACAGAGUCCUACGGGGGAGUAUCUGGUACCAGAUUCAGAGGAGUUGGGGUGUGUCAGAUACUGUGUGGUGUAUGACCGCGAGACCAGCUCUUUGGAUUGCUGUGACUAUGAGGAGAAAGAAAAAGGGAGCAGUGCUUCUUCAGAGAUUGAAAACACUGACUCAAGUUCCCUAUGUUCACAGAAUGCUGAGGAGGGAAGUGCCAUCCAAUAUGCCAGAAGCUUGGAGCAGUUCACCCGCCAUCCCGUGCUGGUCCUGAGGGGAGGAUACAAGCAUUUUUCAGCUUGCUAUCAUUUUCUGCGGACUCAGAAGAUACUGUGGAUGCCUCAGGAACUAGAAAACUUCCAGCCGUACCCUGUAGAAAUACUGCCUGCAAAGUUAUACAUGGGUAAUUUCAAGCAGGCCUGUGACCAACAAAUUCAGAAAGAUCUGAAGAUCAAAGCACAAGUCAACAUCUCUGAACAGCAUGCCACACUGUUUGCAGAAGGCAGCAAAUAUCUCCAUGUACCUGUUCCAGAUUCGCUCGAAGCAAAUCUUUUUUCUACCUUUGCCACUAUUUGUCAUUUCAUCGAUGCUCAGCUGGCUCGCGGAGCGGUGCUGGUGUUCUCCAGCCUGGGGAUAAGCCGGAGCAGCACAGUAACCAUCGCCUAUCUUAUACAUUCCUGCCAGUUUUCCCUGAAGAGAGCUUGGGACUAUGUUCUGAAAUGCAAAACGAACAUGAGACCACACCGGGGCUUUGUGAAACAGCUCUCAGACUGGGAGACCAAAAUCUAUGGGACCACGAUCACAGACGUCUCUGAACCAAAUUACUGA